AUGGCACCCAAUCUCUCUUAUGGAAACCCAAAUAAUGCUCUGCAACCACCCCCGGGGUUCACAGUUACUGAUGGAGUGGUUAAUGAUCCGAAGAAGAUGACCACGGAAGACAUACUCAAGUCUUUCAUGCUACAGUCCAACAAGCUCAUGGAGCAGAGCAAUCAAAGGAUGGAGAAGGUUGAGACAUAUGUGCAAAGUAUGGCCACUCAUCUGAAGAACAUCGACACACAGAUCAGCCAGAUUUCCCAGACUGUGAGUACUAUUACUCAAUCGGGAAGAUUCCCUUUGAACACCAUCAUAAAUCCCAAAGAAUGCAAAGCUGUGCAUCUAAGGAGUGGCACUGUUUAUGAAGCUCCCUCACUGCCUGCGACCACAUCUGAUACCGUUCUUGAGCCCAAGGCUGCCGUGGCAGAGAAGGAAAAGGAGGCUGAAAAGGAGAAUACUGGCACCACUUCUGGAGUAAAGGUGCCAUUCCCGCAUGUACUGAAUCAGAAGAAGAAGAAAGAUGAGCAGUUCACUCGAUUUGUGGACAUCUUCAGAAAGGUGCAUGUGAACAUUCCUUUGAUCGAGGCACUGCAGCAGAUGCCUAAGUACGCUAAGUUUCUGAAGGAGGUGAUAGCCCAGAAGACCAGUUGGGGGCAGGUUGACACUAUUAAUCUAACUGAAAAUUGUAGUGCUCUGCUGCAAAGGAAACUGCCUGCCAAGCUGAAUGAUCCUGGAAGUUUCACUGUCGGCUGCCUCAUUGGGGGCUAUAUGGUGGAGAAUGCUCUCUGCGAUCUAGGCGCGAGCAUUAAUCUAAUGCCACUAUCAGUGUUCAAGCAACUGAACAUCGGUACUUCGAAGCCCACCUCAGCUACACUACAGAUGGCAGACAGAUCUGUCGCAUAUCCAGAGGGCAUCGUGGAAGACCUACUGAUUAAGGUCGGGGAAUUUAUUUUUCCCGUCGACUUUAUGGUCUUGGACAUGGAAGAAGACAAGGGAGUCCCCCUACUGCUAGGACGUCCUUUCCUUGCCACUGUCGAGGCAAAUAUAAAUGUGAAAAAGGGAGAGUUGACAAUCUUCAUGGAAGAAUAA